AUGCUUGCUAUGCAGAAAAUUUGUCUGCUUUGCCCGCGCCUGUUCUGCGUGGUGUUACAUUGCGAAUUGGAACUGAGAGAUCAGAGCUUGCAAGGUCUCUUGGCAGCACCUGUCCCACCUGCUUGCAUGGCAAGAAUACGGAGCACUUUGCUUAUUGUUGAGCUUCAGAACUUGUACGGCCCUGGGAUGGCCACUGCUCUACAUACCCCUCCUGUCGUCAGUGCAUCUCUUGCUACUGAUUCAGCGGCUACGCGAGCCUCUUCACCCUGUUUAGAGAAGCUGAACCGCACCGACCAACAGACGACGGUAUUCGUCAAUUUACGCCGCGCACUCGAUAUACAACAGGCUCUUGUUGGAAGCUAA